AGAGACAGAGGGGUGAGGAGACAGAGAGGGAGGGGAGAUGCUAUGGACGGAGAGAGAUGCUGUUGCCAGGGAACAGCAGCCACAUAGAGGACCACUGAAAACAACAGCAGGUUUAUCUAAUGGAGUGAAGGGACACAGAGACUGGUGCUCAUUUCUCCCAAGUUGCUGCAGGGAUUAGGUUGUUUCUAGGGAGAGAUCCUGAUACAGACGAGACUCAAAGAAGGGUUUGAACUGAUUUUGAGGAGGGGGGGGGGGGGAUACUCCCACCACAAACAGAGGAGAGGGUGAGACAGGGAGUGAGAUCAUGAUGCCAGAGCAGAUGUAGUCUCAUUUAAGGUGUUUAGUGUCUUGGUGCUGUGGACGUAGGAGCUGAGAGGCAGCUCGCUCUUCACGGCCAGUCUUUCCCCAACAAAGGUGGCCAGAGGCGGAGGAGAGGAGUGGGUGGGUGGGGGGGGAGUCCAGUACAGAGGUGCCCCCUGUCUUCAGACACCUGCUGCUGGCUAGUGGCUGACAUUGAGGACACUGUACGACUGUGUCUUCUGUGCACGUGUGUGUGUGUGUGUGCAUAUGAAUUAAGCAAAGACAGGGAGAGCAAGGAGGAGAUUUCAGCCCAGACCCAUGCUUUUCUGUCGGUGUGUGUGUGUGGGGGGGGAGAUCGGGACUUUCACCCCUCGGAUCUUUGCAUCUGUGACUGAGGAGGAGGGAGGACAAGCAGACACGGACCAGCGAGAGGUGUUCUGAGGGGAUCUCACACCGCUCAUGCCCCUGCUCUCCUCUCUGAGGGAUGGGCACCACAGAGGCAACUCUACGAAUGGAGAACAUGGAAGUGAAAGACGAGUGGCAGGAUGAAGACUUUCCCAGACCACUACCAGAGUACGGAGACAUGGAUUCCUCCUGUGGUCUCACAGACGACAGAGCCUCUCCCCCUAACUCCCUCAAUGUCAGCCCACCUGGAGGCGGAGGAGGAGGCGUAACAUCAUCCCACCGUAAACGCCGUACGCUGCUCGCCCCGGAGAUGAACCUCUCCCUGGAUCAGAGCGAGGGCUCUUUGCUGUCAGAUGACUUUCUGGACACGCCAGACGACCUGGACAUUAACGUUGACGACAUCGAUACUCCAGAUGAGACAGACUCCCUGGAGUUCAUCACCAAUGGCAAUGAACUGGAGUGGGAAGAUGACACGCCGGUGGCCUCGGCUAAAGCAGGUCCCACUGACGGUUCGGGAGAAGUAGAUGAGGAUGGGAACGCCAACAAUGGACGCCUCUGGAGAACGGUGAUCAUCGGAGAACAGGAGCAUCGUAUCGACAUGCAGGUCAUCAGACCUUACCUCCGGGUCAUCACACAUGGAGGUUAUUAUGGAGAAGGUCUCAAUGCCAUCAUUGUGUUCUCUGCCUGUUACCUGCCGGACAGUAGCUGUCCAGAUUAUCACUACAUCAUGGAAAACCUCUUCCUGUACGUGGUGAGCAGUCUGGAGAUGCUCGUGGCUGAAGAUUACCUGAUCAUCUACAUGAACGGAGCCACCCCUCGGAGUAAGAUGCCCGGGAUCAGCUGGCUCAAGAAAUGUUACCAGAUGAUUGACAGAAGAUUGAGGAAGAACCUGAAGUCUCUGGUCAUCGCUCACCCUACGUGGUUCAUCCGCACUGUCCUGGCUAUAUCCAGGCCCUUUAUCAGUGUGAAGUUCAUGAAUAAGAUCCAAUACGUCCACAGUCUGGACGAACUGGCAGAGAUCGUCCCCAUGGAGCAUGUCCACGUCCCAGAGUGUGUGGUGCAAUUUGAUGAGGAGAGGAUUAAAGCCCGGAGGGAAAGGAUGGAGCAGGAGCAGAAGCAGAGGCAGCAGGAGCAGCAGCAGUCAGUCCCACAGGAGCCAAUUAAAAAGUCUGAGAGGCCAAAGUCAGUUAUUGUCGAUCAAGGGUUAUGAGAAGGGCAGAGCUUUGCAGGAUGUGACAGAAGUGUGGAGCAUGAAACCUUUGAUUUAUACCCGUAAGGAGCAGACGUCCAACAUACGCUUCCUUGUUUUAUCAACAUUCAGCUGAAGAUUUGUGCCAUCACUCUCCAGUCAAAAUGGUGAAUGCUCCAUCUCUAUUCCCUCUGUCUGGAACCUCCUUGUUCUCUCUCUCCCUGAGAGGUUUAUAUAUUGUAACUUGAAAGUGUGUGAAGGAAGAUGCUGCUCUGUUGGGCUAAGAACUGUUUCUUGAUGGAAACUGUUGCUGAGUUUGUCAGUUCAUUACCCUGCUGUGUGGUACAACCCUAUGAGUAGCUCAUAUUGAAAUGUUGCAAAAUCACAAGGUUCUGUGAAGCCGGGAAACAGACAGAAAUUCUAGCUCUAAAAUGUAACACAAAAUUAACUAAAACAGAAAAAAGAAAAACAGUACAUUUUUGCAACCUUGGGUGAAACAUUCCAGUUGUGUUUUCUCACGUGUUCAUAUCAGUCGAAAGAUUACAGGCUUGUCUCUUUGCCUCUACAACUCAGAAAUACAUCAACUGGAUUGUGUGAAAAAUGCAGAUUUGUUAGCCCAAAAUCCAGUGUGGUUUUAUGAGUUCCUUGGAGAUACAACAUUUUCACCUGAGUAGAGGGAUGUGUGCGUAUAUUUUGACAGUUUCAACACUUGUUAAACAGCAACUGAUGUAACAAACGCUCAGCUCGUGUCCGUGUGCGAUCACCAGACCACAGUGAUCACACACAUUUCUAUUCAUGCUAGUUUGUGUCAAUCUAAUGUGUAUACACUUACGACUGUAUUCCAGUUAGUCAGAUGCCUUCAUCUUUAUUUUUUGUUUCAUAACUGCUGUAUCUUAAGGCCUUUUCAAAUUCUCGCUUAUAUGCUGUACUGACAUUUUUGAAAAUGUUCAAGUAACAUUCACUGAUGUAGGGAUCAUUUGAUGUUGUUCUCUGUGAUCCCAUCUGCUCCGUGACAGUUUCCUCUGUGCCCCUCCAUCUGUACUGUACCUUGUGUUAAGAUGUGCCUCAGUCUUCUUGUCUGUAAAAAGAGGAGACAUAAUUUCCAUUUUCUGAAAAAAAAAGAAAGCAUCUAUAAGAACCAUAUGAAAAAUAUUUGUAGAUGGACAAGCGAUGUGUGUCUACUUUGUGUUUUGGGAUUGUGGCCACAUAAACAGAUUUCAUGCAUUACACUGACAUGUAUAGUAUGUGAUAGUUUAGUAUCAUAUAUUAUUUAUUCUGUAUAUGAAAAAUGCUAUCCAACAAAAUACAAAACAUACAGAACAAUGUAUGAAAUCUGUAUAAAAAUGACUACAAUCAAGACCAAAUACACAAAUAUUGUCUAUAUGGUUCUUUUACAGAAUUUCUAAAAUGUAUAUUUUAAAAAGAACAGAGGGACGACGUUAAUGUAGCUUAUUUUGACAUUAAUAUUUCUUGGCAUGCGUAGUGCAUUAUGGAUUGAACAUUUCCUGGGGGUUCCGAUAUUUUUUUCUUGUCUUCCAUUUGUUCACCAGUCAGUCAACCUAUUGUAGCAAGGAGGAGGAGAGGAGUAAGAAAUUUUAUUUUUGUAAAGACCUGCAUACUUGUAAUGCCUGUAUACUGUUGAAAUUGUUUUGCACUGUUGGAUUUGGUUUUUGCAUCAUUCUUGAAGUAUAGAUUUACAUUUAGGAGGCGAUGAGUCCUUUUAAAAUGUAUUUUGAGUUGUUGUGAAGGAGCACGGCCAAUGUCAUGCAGUUGUAUAGCUGUUAGUACGGCGUGGACAUGCUAAUGUGCCUCUGUUGAGGAAAAUAGGAGUCAUGAAAUGUCUGCUUCUAAUGUGCCAUCUCACUUCUGACUUUCCCCUUGUUCUGUUGCCUUUCUGGUGCAGGAAUGUUCGAGAAAAGCUUCAACUUUUUUCAUCUUUGCAGUCCUUUUAGGACACCAGUAAACUAAACCUGUGCCGGGACACUUCCAUCCAUGAUGGAGGAGUCCUGGCACAGUUUUCGAGGAAUGGCUCCUCUGUUUGUAGUUUGUUGACUGAACUGAGUGCCUGUUUUUGAGCCAAAUCUUUAAAAGGAAUCCAGAGUAAGUAAAGGAAUGUAAAGUGUAGCCUUUACGUUUUUAGUUAUUAGGAUUUAUAGGUUUACUGUAUCAUGUUACAUCCAAUAUCACUGGCAAGGUUUGCAUAUAAAUGACUGAUGUGACCUUUCCAAAAAUCAAAAUGUUCAUUUUGACUAUAAAAGCACAAUAUCUACAAUUCUUUGCCUUCCAUUUGUCUGCUAUAAAAUGUUUGCUCAGAUUUAAAUGGGAAAGAUGAUUCAUGGUUCUGAAGUCCUUUCUAGGUGAAAAUGAAUGUUUCUGCCUUGUAAAUAUAACUGAAUAAAUUGUUCCUCCCCAAA